GCCUAUUUCCUCUGAAAAAUUUUUAUCGAUCGAUGCAACUUCAUGUUAAAACAAGCAAUUGCAAAAUUUUCGAAACAAAUGCGACCCAUUUCAACAGGCAUACAUUUUAUUCAAUCAAUCAAUUCGAACUGGUUAUGGACGACCGAGAGCAAGAAAAAGCUUUCAAAGAGUACGACCAGAUCUUGGAUGGAUUGCGAGCGGAUUUUAACGAGAGCUGGAAGACCAAGAAGAGGGAGGCUCUGACCCUGGACGAUUUUGUACGUUACAGAACGCUGGGGACAGGGGCUUUCGGUCGAGUGAUGCUCGUGAAACAGAAAUCAAAUGGCGUUUACUACGCGAUGAAAAUAUUGGAGAAGGCAAAGUUGAUAAAGUUAAAACAAGUGGAGCACACUGGAAACGAAAAACGAAUAUUACAGAGCGUUAAAUUCCCGUUCGUGAUCUACAUGGAGUUCUGCUUCAAGGAUAACUCCUACCUCUACUUGAUCCUUCCUUUCAUAUCGGGUGGAGAAAUGUUCUCUCAUUUAAGACGAAUGGGAAAAUUCGACGAAGGAUUAGCCAGAUUUUACGGAGCUCAAGUUACCUUGGCUCUCGAAUAUUUACAUCAUUGCGGCUUGGUCUAUCGAGAUUUGAAACCGGAAAAUAUACUGAUAGAAAAAAAUGGUUACUUGAAAAUAACCGAUUUUGGCUUCUGCAAACUGGUCGAAGGACGAACAUGGACCUUGUGUGGUACGCCCGAAUAUCUGGCGCCGGAGAUAAUCCUCUCCAAGGGAUAUGGAAAGUCUGUAGAUUGGUGGAGUUUUGGAGUACUCAUAUACGAAAUGAACGCUGGUUAUCCACCCUUCUACGCUAGAGACCCCAUGAAAAUCUAUGAGAAAAUUGUUUCCGGAAAGUAUAAGUUCGCCAAUAAUUUUGGAGAGGAUUUGAGGGAUCUAUUGAGGAACGUCCUGCAGGUGGACCUCUCCAGACGUUACGGUAACUUGAAAGACGGACCGGCCGACAUCAAGAAGCAUCGUUGGUUUAGAUCGAUUGACUGGCUCAAGAUAUACUACCAAACAAUCGAGCCCAGUUUCAUACCUAAAAGAGGAAACGUUGGUGAUUCGAGCAACUACGAUCAAUAUGACGAGGAGGAGCUUAUCGUUGACAAAGUGGACCGUUACGCGAAAGAGUUUGCCGACUUUUGAGAACGUUUUUAGUUAACAGAUGUACACAGUUGACGAUGAUUAUUUCCUGUCAUUCCACAAAUUGUAUUAGACUUAGUGUAACAUUAUAUGUAUAUAUACGUAGGCAUACGUUAAACUGUCCGAAUAUCCGAAUGUUAGUGAUAUUUAGCUGUAACGCUCUUUAUCCCUAAUCAUUUUCAAUUUACC